CCUUAAUGUUUAUGGGUAUAUUUCUCUGAAGAUUUUAAAUUUCUGUGAUUGUUAAUUAUUGAUAUAAACUUUGGUUCUCACCUUCUAUUUGUUUCAUUAGUAUUGUCAAUAUUUAUCACUGGUAAAUGAUACAGCUUGUAUCCUUGCUCUUGAUGCCAAUGAGUUUUAGCUCAAAUGGUACUUCCUUUAUUUGUAGCAAGGUGGAGGGUGAGGUUGUGGGUUCAUGUCCUACCGGGUGCUUGUGUAACUUACCAACUAAAAAAAAAAAAAUCCCUGUUCUUGAUAAAAGAUGCAGCUUAAUAGAAGCACUGUAUUAUAAGAAUCUUUUUACGAAAACAACUCUUUGGCGGCCCAAGUUAGAUGGUUUGGAGUUUCCCUCACUAGAUGCUGGUGAAGCGAAUUGGUUCGAGGGGCCGUUUCAAGAGGAAGAAGUCCAUCAGGCGUUGCUUAGUAUGGAUGGUGACAAAGAUUUGGGACCGGAUGGUUUCGCUAUUGCCUUUUUCCAACUGUAUUGGGUGAUGGUGAAUGACAAUCUCAUGUGCGUUUUCCAUAAUUUUCAUGAGCAUGAUCUGUUCGAGAAGAUCCUUAAUGCUAUUUUCAUUUCCCUUAUCCCCAAAAAGAUUGGGCAGUUGGAAGGGAUUUUAGACCAAUCAGCCUAUUGGGGAGUGUCUAUAAGAUUUUGGCUAUGGUUCUUGCUAUUAGAAUGAAACGGGUGCUAGGUUUGCAUAUUUCUAAUAAUCAUAAUGCUUUUGUGGAGGGAAGACAAAUUCUUAAUUCAGUUCUUAUAGAUGAAUGCCUGAACAGAAGACUGAAAUAUGGAAUUCCUGGAGUGAUAUGCAAUCUGGACUUGGAAGAGGCUUAUGAUCAUGUCAAUUGGGAGUUCCUAUCCUAUCUACUAGGGUGCCUUGGUUUUGGGUGAAAAUGGAGGAAGUGGAUUUCCGCCUGUAUCUCUACAGCCUGUUUCUCUAUUUUGAUCAUUGCCAUGGAGGCUCUAAGUAGGACUAGAGCUACGAGCGGUGGCUAUUUAGUAGGAUUCCAUGUCGACCUCCAUAAUGCAGCCUCUUUGGAGAUCUCUCAUCUUCUUUUUGCAGAUAAUACUCUUAUUAUGUGUGAUAUAGACCAAGAUUAGAUUCGUAAUUUGGGACAUAUCCUCCUUUGUUUUGAGGCUAUUUCGGGUUUGUAGAUCAAUCUCCAUAAGUCAUAAUUAGUAGUAGUGGGCCAUGUACUGAAUCAGGAAGAAUUGGCUUACAUUCUGAAUUGUAGCAUUUCUUUCCUGCCAUUGAAAUGUCUUGGUCUCCCCCUGGGUGCUCCCUUCAAGUCAAAAGCAAUUUGGGAUGGGGUAGUGGAGACAAUGGAAAGAAGAUUGGCUAGUUGGAAGAAGAUUUAUUUGUCUCGUGUGGGCUGUCUUACCCUUAUUAGGAGCACGCUUUCCAGCCAGCCUACAUAUUUUUCCCCUUUUCCCCUUACCAAUUGGUAUAGCUAGUAGAUGCAUUCUACUGAACUUCUUUGGGAUGGUUUUGAUGGUGACUAUGCUCCAUUUUGUUAACUGGAUGACUCUCCCUAGUUCCUAGAGGAGGUUUGGGUGUGAAAGUCUUAGGCCGUUUAAUAAAGUUUUACUGGGUAAAUGGCUUUGGAAAUUCGCUCAUGAAGAAAUUCUUUAUGGAGGCAGGUGAUUGUUGAGAAGUAUGGGAUCUAGAGAGAGGGCUGGAGUUCUGAGGAAAUUCGAGCAGCAUAUGGGGUGGGUCUUUGGAGAAAUAUUAGGAAUGGCAGGUGUCUCUCGAACUUGGUCUCCUAAAGAAUAGGGGAUGGUUCUCACCUUUGUUUUUGGCACGAUGUGUGGUGCGGAGAAGUAAAUUUUAAGUCCUUAUUCCCAAAACUCUCCUCUAUAGCUCGGGACAAAGAAGCUUUAGUGUCUGCUCAUUGUGUUUAACAUUUUUAUAUUCAGUUACACAAAACUAAAGAAGCACUCUAGUGUAAAAGCAAACAAAAAUGAAAAUGAACCGAUAUUGAACUUCUGAUUCAGGUCAAAUCUGGUUCUCUCCCAUUUGAAAAUAUUUACUGUUUCUUGGUAUUUGUUAAUGUUUGGCCAAGUCAAGAAAGAAGCACGCUCAAAUCACAGAAUAGUUUUGACUCCUUAUGUUUAUGCUCAACCUAAUUCUCAUGUUGCUGAACCCACUUG